AUGUACAUAUAUAUGUAUAAUGUGUUGGUUCAUGAAAUUGGACAUGCUCUCGGCAUAGCACAUAGUGCUUCUCCGAAUGCUAUUAUGUUUGCCUUCUAUCAGCAUGAGAUUCGUGGUCUAGAUGUUGAUGAUAUAAAUGCAGUACAAUAUCUAUAUGGAAGAAAAAACAAAUAUGAUUCAAUCCCAACGUCUACCACCGCAUCAGCAAUACCAAAAACAACAACAACUAUAAGAUCUACAACUCGUAAGCAGCCGAUCCUCAAAAAUUUGUGUGAUAUUAUUCCAGAUUUUAUGUUUUUAGCUAUUGCUCCAGAGUUUUCAAAUUACCGAUUAUAUAUUGCACAUGAUAUGUUUAUAUGGAAACUAGACUUAAACGAAAUGAUUAUCCCAUCUCAGCCUGAACUUCUUGUCGAUUAUGUUCCUACAGAAUUACGUCAAUACACUUUACAACAUAUUUUCCAAUCAACAAACGGUGACUUGAUUACCAUUGUGUCUCCAAACAACUAUUUCUCAGCAUCAUUCCCUACCAUUAAAUUUCUUGAUAAUUUUUCAAUUGAUAUACCCGAUAGGGCUCGAAUCAAUGCUAUUUUUCAAUCAAACGCAGGACGGUCCUAUACCUUUUAUAAUAAUAUGUCAUAUAUAGAAUUUUCUAACGAUUUUACUGAUGUGUUGAACAGAGGACGGAUAAGAGACAUAUUUCCUGGGUUACCUGAAGUUUAG